ACUUGAACAUCAGCCGGGCUCACAGAUUUCAGAAGUACAUUUUUUAGACAGACAAGACACCUUGUUUAACAUGUGCUUCCGAUACAUUACAAGAUCUGAAGCGAUGGUAUGCAAAGCGGACAGGCUAAAUGAGUUUCGACUGUGGAUAGACGACUCUGCUGUUUUUAUAUGAUAAGAUUGACUGGCAGUCAGCUGGACUUUGGCCUUUCUGUUGGUCAACAGGUGAUACAGGUAAUCUGACGAAGACAGUGUUUUCCUAUGUAUCUGGAUUAAUGCCUGGAUCUUUGUUGAGGUCUGAAGACAAUCAAAUCAGCAUAGCAUUCAUUGUGACGUUCUUCUCGCAUCACUUCGCUUUUACUUCAAGGUUUUACUUCAAGACGAAUCAUCGGGGGAACAUGGCUGUUUUCAGACUGGCUCUUAUUCUUCUCAUCAUCGGGGGGGCAGCCGCUCAAGUGCAGCUAGAACCUCAAAACGUGGCGGUCCUCCGUGGAUCAAAGGCCCAGUUUAAUUGCAGCACGACUCGGGUUCAGCCCAUCAUGACAUGGUCACACAACGGGAUCUUGGUUGUCAGCAUUCAGCCGGGAUCCUUGACGAGCAGCAAUCCGCGUUUUUCUGCUACAAACUACGCCACACCUGGUUCCAAGUGGGAGCUUAAUAUUAACAAUACUGAGAGAAGUGAUGCCGGUCAAGUUACAUGUCAGUUUUUGGGUGAGGAAGCUCAGACGACUGGUCUGUCUGUACAAGAACGUGGCAGCGUGGCCAUUAUAGGUGGAAAUCAGACUGUGAUGCAAGGAGCUCAGACGGAGUACCAGUGCCAGGCUAGCGGCUGGUCUCCUGAACCCAAUGUGUCCUGGUCUGUAAACGGUGUGGUGGAAAAAUACUGCACCAACAGCUCUGUAGCACAAGGAAAUGUGUUUAACACCACGUGUACGCUGACGGUGACGGCCACCAGAAACUCUUCUGUCCAGUGCCUGGCAAAAGUGCCCGCCAUGAGUUCACCGGACAGCAGCACUGUGUUUCUUACUGUCGGCCCCAAGCCCAGAGAUCAGACCAUUCUGAUCGCAGUUACUGUGGCUUUCAGUGCGGCUGCGCUCUUGUUUCUUAUCAUCUUUGGAAUCAUCUUCUUCUGUAAACGGAGGAAGAAAGAAAAAUCAGGUUACCAAGAGGAGGUCAGAAGGGCUCGGCUGCAGUCACAGCACAUGACAACUGUCACGUCAGAUGCGCGUGGACGAGACACCCAACGCUAUGUUACAGAUGGACGAUAUGGAGGAGAUUACAACGGUGGAGUCUGGCACACCAACUAUUCCCCCAAACAGCAGAGCUCCUAUCCAAGAGAUGACUUUUUUGAUGACGGUUACAGAAAUCACAGACACAUGACUAUGGUUUAAAGACUGUAAAGACUACGUGGUGGAGUUCUCGGUCAGCUGGUCUUCUGGUUCUCGUGCUCGGUCUUGUACAUGAACUCAUAAAUGUAGGUUUAAUUCCAGAAGAAUGAGAGCUGAGGACAUCAAGCACUGAAGGAUGAUCCUACACUGUGAUCUGUUUCGCCCGAACAAGAUUUUUCAAGGAAGUAGUGCGUUGAUUUCGCAGUAAACUGUGAGAUAAAUUGUGAGAUCCAAAAUUCUGAGACCACACUGAAAAGCUUGAAUCAUGGAUUUUUUCCUCAUGUUAACGCACACUAAAAAUGCAAGAAUAUUUUCAACCCAGUGUUGGGUCAAAAAAGGACAAACCCAACUGUUGGGUUAUAAAUUAACAUAUGUUGGGUUGUUGGGUUGUUUCAACCCAGAAUGGUGGGAUGUUGGGUGAAAUAUAAACAUUUUCUGGGUUAAAUUAACCCAACGGUUGGGUUUGCGCUUUUUGGAACCAACACUGGGUUGAAAAUAACAUAGCAUUUUUUAAAAAGGUUAUGACAUAAAAUGUAGGAAAAGGGAUUUCUAGGUCACAUUUUAAAUAAGUAAAUGUGAUUUUUAGAAAAUGACAAAUUCCCUUGCUUCUAUUGAAGCACAUAAGAUGGUGUUCAGAUUCAAAACAUUCUGAAGUCUUUCUUAGAUAACAUGCUAUAGCAUUAGUGCAAAAAGUAAAAAGAAAUCAAUGUAUAUUUUUAUUAUAACUGUUAAUUCACAUUAUUACAGGCAUAACGUAACUUUUUUAUAAUAAAAUAAGUUUUCGCUAGUGCUCUCAGACUGUUGGACCCCAUGUUACACUGUCAAUUUUUACCAAUGUGUGUUUAACAUUUAGACAUUUUUAAGUCUUUCGGAUUUGAACACGCUGACACUUCAAUGAGAGCGGUUAAGGUUUUUUCUUUUCUUAGUGUAUAUCACUGUAACACAUCAAAUGCAUUGCACAGCAGGUUUGACUGCAACUUCUUGUUUUUACAGCAUCAGAAAAUCAUCCGCGUAUGACACACCCCGUGAGAGCAUCCUGUUUUUUAUAGCCUAGCUGGUUACAAUUAAACAACAGAUUAAUGAUGAGAAAUGUUUUAAAAGGAUCGUUUUAUGACAUAUCAUGCUUCGUAGAGCAUAAUGUGCUUAAUAAAUCUAAUGCACUGAUCUUGAACACCCACUGGGUGACAACUGUUUAAAUGCAAAAAUGAAAUUUUUGCUAAAGUGCUGAAGCUGCGAGCUGCUAAUCCAUAAAUCGCUGAUUUAAUCAAUAAGAUUCAAUUCAGAUUAGACUUCCAAAUACCCAUCUGCACUUCCAUAAAAGCUGACAGUUGCAAGCCCUUUCUCCUAGACUAUUACAUUUUGGUAAAUGUAAUUAAUUUACAUGAGGUUAAAUUAUCUUUAAUUAACCAAUCACUGGUUAAACCGUUAUAACCCAAGUUCUGUAAAUGGGGUUAGUUGUGUAUGCAAGAUCAUUAUGGGCACUUCCGAACAAAUGUUUUAAAAAACUGGAGCAAUUAAUGAUGUUCAAUGGACUACAUAUUUAUGUGUGACCAUGUAUUUAGCAAUAAAUAUAUUUUUGUAUACUGUAUAAGGUGUAAUUAUUCUUACUUUGUGAACGGACACAAUUAAAAGUAGAAAAGCAAUACUUGUCAAGACAUAUGUUAAUAUUGUCUUAAAAUAAUUAUGUCAUAUAAUAUUGUCUUAAAAUAAAAAGGUUUUAAAA